AUGGCAGCGGCAAAGAGAACAGAUGUGGGGCUGUUGGUGGGGGCAGUGGAUCAGGGCACCAGCUCGACGCGCUUCUUGGUUUUCGACUCAAAGACAGCCGAACUACUUUGUCAUCACCAGGUGGAAAUAAAACAGGAGUUUCCCAAAGAAGGAUGGGUGGAGGAAAACCCUAAGGAAAUUCUGCUGUCCGUCUACGAGUGCAUAGACAAAGCAUGUGAGAAACUCCAACGGUUCAACGUUGACCUUUCCAACGUCAAAGCGAUCGGCAUCACCAACCAGCGGGAAACCACCGUGGUCUGGGACAGGGUCACCGGGGAGCCGCUCUACAACGCGGUUGUGUGGCUGGACCUCAGAACCCAGUCUACCGUUGAGAACCUCAGCAAGAAGAUUCCCGUGAAUAAUAACUUCGUCAAGACCAAGACGGGCCUUCCCCUGAGCACUUACUUCAGCGCCGUGAAACUUCGUUGGCUGCUGGACAAUGUGGAAAGCGUUCAAAAGGCUGUGGAAGAAGGGAGGGCUCUCUUUGGGACCGUUGACUCCUGGCUCAUCUGGAACCUGACGGGAGGCGCGGAGGGAGGCGUCCACUGCACGGACGUGACAAAUGCAAGCAGGACGAUGCUCUUCAACAUCCACUCUCUGAAAUGGGAUAAGGAGCUCUGUGAAUUUUUUCAAAUUCCAAUGAACAUUCUUCCCAACGUCCGGAGCUGCUCCGAGAUCUACGGCUUAAUGAAAGCCGGGGCCUUGGAAGGGGUGCCCAUCUCGGGGUGUUUGGGCGACCAGUCGGCCGCAUUGGUGGGACAGAUGUGCUUCCAGGACGGGCAAGCCAAAAACACGUACGGCACAGGCUGCUUCUUGCUGUGCAACACCGGCCGCAAGUGCGUGUUUUCCGAGCACGGCCUGCUGACCACGGUGGGCUACAAACUCGGCAGAAACAAGCCCGUGUGCUACGCCCUGGAAGGGUCUGUCGCCAUCGCGGGUGCUCUUGUUCGCUGGCUACGAGACAAUCUUGGAAUUAUAAGCAGCUCAGAGGAAAUUGAAAAGCUGGCUAAAGAAGUGGGUACCUCUUAUGGCUGCUACUUCAUCCCCGCCUUUUCCGGGUUAUAUGCCCCUUACUGGGAUCCCAGCGCCAGAGGGAUCAUCUGCGGGCUCACUCAGUUCACCAACAAGUGCCAUCUUGCUUUUGCUGCCUUAGAAGCCGUUUGCUUCCAAACCCGAGAGAUUUUGGAUGCCAUGAACCGCGACUGUGGGAUUCCACUCAGCCAUCUGCAGGUGGACGGAGGAAUGACCAACAACAAAGUUCUCAUGCAGCUGCAGGCAGAUAUUCUGUGCAUCCCCGUAGUGAAGCCCACCAUGCCCGAAAUAACGGCCCUGGGCGCCGCCAUGGCAGCAGGGGCCGCGGAGGGAGUCGGGGUUUGGAGUCUGGACCCUGAGGAUUUGUCCGACUUCAUAGAGGAAAGGUUUGAACCCCAGAUCAAUGCUGAGGAAAGUGAAGUCCGUUAUUCUAUCUGGAAGAAAGCUGUGACGAAGUCGAUGGGCUGGGUGACAACUGAGGCUUCAGAAAGCGGUGACCCUAGUAUCUUCAGCAGUCUACCCUUGGGCUUUUUUGUGGUGAGCAGCAUGGUCAUGUUAAUCGGAGCGAGGUACAUCUCAGGUAUCCCAUAA